AUGUACCGAAUUGGAGUCGACGUCGGUGGAACGAACACCGACGCCGCCAUCCUUGAUAUCAAUGCCCUCGAUACCGAAUCGCGUGGGGUGCUCGCCACAUGCAAGACUUCCACCACCUCCCAUGUGACUCUGGGGAUUCAGAAUGCAGUCAGAGAAGUUCUCGCUCUCUCGAAAGUGGACAGGAGUAAAGUGUUGAACGUCGCCAUCGGAACAACGCACUUUGUGAAUGCCGUUGUCGAGAAUGAUGCCCGGAGACUUAGUCGGGUGGCCGUGAUCAGGCUGUGUGGCCCCUACACCAGGAAGGUGCCUCCUUUCGCCGACUUCCCAUAUGCAUUGAAGGGCAUCAUUGAGGGCCCCUCGUUCUACCUCGACGGAGGACUUGAGAUUGACGGCCGAGAGAUCUGUCCGCUCAACCCUGACCAGAUCAAAGCUACAGCCGCGGCCAUCGUCGAGGCAGGCAUCCAGUAUGUUGCUGUCAUCGGGGUGUUCUCUGCGCUUGAUCAAAAAGGCCUCCACGAAGAGCGAUGCAAAGCACUUUUGCAGCAGUUUGCACCAGGACUUUCUGUCGUCUGCUCCAGCCAGAUUGGCGGCACUGGGCUCUUGACCCGCGAGAAUGCCACCAUCCUCAACGCGGCGAUUCUGGGGUUCGCCCGACGGACGAUUCAGGGCUUCAGAUAUGCGAUGUACAAGCUUGACCUCGCGUGUCCACUGUACUUGACGCAGAAUGACGGGACUCUCACUGAUGCUGCGGUGGCGGCGGAAUCGCCCAUCAAGACAUUCGCCAGUGGUCCCACCAACAGCCUCAUGGGAGCCGCAUUCCUUCAAGGACUUGAUCACGGCGACCGAAGACUGGCUGACAAGCAAGUGGUAGUCGUCGACAUCGGCGGUACGACGACCGACAUCUGUUCCCUCUUACCAUCAGGAUUUCCUCGGCAGGCUCCCAACUUUGUUGAGGUGGGUGGUGUGCGCACUGCUUUCUCCAUGCCGGAGGUCCUUUCCAUCGGUCUCGGAGGAGGGAGUCGCGUCCGCCAAUCCGAGGAUGGAGGCAAGGUCACUGUCGGUCCAGACUCGGUAGCGCAUCGUCUCACAACGGAUGCCAUGGUAUUUGGAGGAAACGUCAUGACAGCGACGGAUAUUGUCGUGGCAUCGAAAGCAGCCAGCAUCGGUGACUAUGAAAACGUCAAGGGCAUCCCUGAACAGCUGAUUGCCGGUGGAAAAGCGGACAUGAAACGACAGCUUGAACGAGCCAUCGACAGGAUGAAGGUCUCGUCAGCCCCUGUAUGUGUCCUUCUCGUUGGAGGAGGAUCGAUCAUCCUCACAGAGGACCUUGACGGAGUAGAAGAGUGUCUUCGGCCGCCUCAUCACGACUCUGCAAAUGCCGUGGGCGCCGCCAUUGCGAAGGUGGCAGGCGAAGUCGAUGUGAUUGAGAUAUUGGCUGGCAGAGAUGAGAAUGAGGCGAUCGAAGCAGUCAGGAAGACCGCGAUCGCGACCGCUAUAGCGAAUGGAGCAGACGAAAGGGAUGUCAAAAUUGUCGAGAUCAAGAAAAUCCCGCUUCAAUAUGUGACCAACAAAGCCACGAGGUUUGCCAUGAAAGCCGUCGGAAGUCUUCGAGCCAGAGACGAUGCUGUUCAAAAUGGCUUUGCCAACGGAGCACUCGCCCAUGCGCAGGAAGUGGAUGAUGACACGACGCAAGAGGCGACGAAACCUGAGGUGACAGACGUGCAGAAGGGCAGUCUGACGAAGCCGACAUUGGGUGUCGAUGUCGCAAAGUACCGUCCCAAUGUCAAGGACGGCGUCUGGUACAUCUCCCCCGUCGAUGUGCAACUGAUCGCUUCGGGCGCAGGCGUCCUCGGUACGGGAGGUGGUGGCUCGUCGUAUCUGAUGGCUCUGUACACGCUGGACAUCCUUCGCAAGGCCGGCGAGGGAGCUAUCCGCGUUGUUUCGCUCGAAUCCCUCAAAGACGACGGUGUUUGUGUGUUUGGCGCAGGCUACGGCGCACCUUCGGUCAGCGACGAGCGGGUGAGUUCAGGCACGGAUGUGUUCGCCGCCAUCGACGCCGUCAACAAGAUCAUGGGGAUCACAGACUUUGACGGCAUCGUGGCCGAUGAGAUCGGAGGAGGCAACGGCCUGGUGACUUUUCCCACGAGUGCUCGCUACGGUCGACCGGUGGUUGACUGCGACUUGAUGGGUCGUGCGUAUCCGACACUGGAGCAUGGAACUCCUUAUGUUUAUGGCCAGCCGGUGCUGCCCGUUGCCACGACCGACUGUAAAGGCAACGCAUCCGUCGUUCUGACCGCCGAUUCCAACAAGCGAGUGGAAGCGCUGAUACGGACAACCUGUAUUGAACUGGGCAAUUCCACUGCCGCCGCCGCAAGACCUCUCUCCGGCAAAGUCCUCAAAGACUACGCCGUGCCCAACACCGUCUCCCAGGCAUGGUAUCUGGGGCGCGCCGUCCACCUUGCGCGGGAAUCUAAGAUUGAUUUCAUCGAGGCGAUCUCGAACAUCACCCCGGUCAAAGAGCUCUACGUCGGUAAAGUCGUCGACGUAACCCGCGACGUCUCCCGCGGCUAUACAGUCGGUCGCUGUGUCAUUGCGCCCUUGUCCGCCGACGAGGAAGACGAUAGCUCAACCCCCCCGUCCACUUCUACCGCGAACCGCGAGACCCGCCACCUUGUCAUCCCUUUCCAAAACGAAUACCUCUCGGCAGGGUUCAUUCCAGAGUUCCCGACCACGUCAUCGUCACAGGGAGACUUCGAAGAGGAGAUCAUCUGCACGGUGCCAGACUUGAUCUCCAUCCUCGGCAGCGACGGCGAGGCUCUCGGGUCCCCCGAACUGCGCUACGGCCUCAAGGUCCGCGUGAUCGGAAUGCCCGCCUCGCCACUGUGGACCGGGAGCGCCGAGGGCCUGAGGGUCGGGGGGCCCGAGUUCUUCGACCUCAAGUGUAGUUGGGAAGAGGUCCGGGACAGAGGAAGGGCCAACGGGUUUGGAGUGGGCGAAUAUCAAAAACCCAGGAGUGUCAUCGACGAGUUUAACGUGAGCUCAUAA